UAUGUCCCAGUGAGACGUCACGGACCGUGCAUGCGUCUGCGUGUGUGCACAUAGAGGAUGGCUCAGUGUUCAGGUGCAGGAGACAAGCUUUGGGAACCAGUCAACAAACAAGCAGCUGGACCAGUCUGUUUACCCAGAGGACAGAGCUCUUGGCUGGGCUAGGAGCUGAAGAUUGAGCCACUGGAGCCACUCUAUUAAUGCACCUGUAAUUGAAUGGUUUUUAUAUAUUUUUCUUAAUCAAGAGGACAAUCCCACCAGACUGUGGAUCAUAUAAAUAUUUAGUUUUUGUAUUUCCUAUCACUGGCACUUAUUUAGCACUUUGAGCACAGAGCAGUGGAAUCAGCUGCCUUCUCAGCAGAGGAUCUUGAGGAGGAGACAGAGUCCAGGUUCUGUCCUGCCCUAGACUGGACCUCUGCAUCUGCCUAGUGUGGAGUGGAUAGCUGCUGAGGGAGAUAAGGAACAAUAGAAAGAGGGGAAGCUUUUAAACGAGCAGAGGAAAAUCCUUUCUGGACAAUCUCCCUCUCAGAUACCUGCGAGGGCUGCCUUUCUGACAGCUGAGGAGAAGAGGAACAAAAAAAGAUAAUACAGAGCCAAGAAACAAAAGGCUAUAGGGGAGACUCGGGGUCCUCGCAUCAUACCUCUGUUCAUCCCAUCCAUUUCCCACCUGUGAGGAUUAAUUGGACUGGAUAAGCAUGGCGCAUGCCGCCUCGCAGCUGAAGAAAAAGGCAGACGAGAACCUCAAUGCUGUGGAAGACGAGAAGGAGAAGAAGAAGGCGGCGAGAAAGCGUUCCCGUGAAGUGAAGAAAAAGACGGACACAAAUGCCUGUUAUCUGCGAGCAGCUCGGGCUGGAAACCUAGAGAAAGCUUUGGACUACCUGAAGAAUGGAGUUGAUGUCAACAUAUGCAAUCAGAAUGGUCUUAACGCUCUCCAUCUGGCCUCAAAGGAGGGACAUGUGGAAGUGGUGGCGGAACUCAUUAAGCACGGCGCCAACGUGGACGCAACCACCAAGCAGAAAGGAAACACAGCCCUCCACAUAGCAUCUCUUGCUGGGCAGACGGACGUGGUGAAGCAGCUUGUCACUCACGGAGGCAACGUCAACGCACAGUCUCAGAAUGGCUUCACUCCGCUGUACAUGGCGGCGCAGGAGAACCACUUGGACGUGGUGCAGUUCUUACUGGACAACGGCUCCAGUCAGAGCAUCGCCACUGAGGACGGUUUCACUCCCCUUGCCGUGGCGUUGCAGCAGGGCCAUGACCAGGUGGUCUCCCUUCUACUGGAAAACGACACCAAGGGGAAGGUCCGCCUCCCGGCGCUGCACAUUGCCGCGCGAAAGGAUGACACCAAAGCCGCCGCCCUCCUCCUGCAGAACGACCACAACGCAGAUGUGGAGUCCAAGAUGAUGGUGAAUAGAACAACCGAGAGUGGGUUCACUCCUCUUCACAUUGCGGCUCACUACGGCAACAUCAACGUUGCGACUCUGCUGCUGAACAGAGGGGCAGCCGUGGACUUCAAGGCAAGGAAUGACAUCACGCCGCUACAUGUAGCCUCCAAACGCGGGAAUAGCAACAUGGUGCGACUGCUGCUGGAGAGGGGGGCCAAGAUAGAUGCACGGACCAAGGAUGGUCUGACCCCUCUCCACUGUGGAGCCAGGAGUGGUCAUGAGCAGGUGGUGGAGAUGCUGUUGGACAGAGGAGCUCCAAUUAUGUCAAAGACCAAGAACGGUUUGUCUCCCCUUCACAUGGCGACACAGGGCGACCACCUCAACUGUGUUCAGCUGCUGCUGCACCACGAGGUGCCCGUGGAUGACGUGACCAACGAUUACUUGACGGCGCUGCACGUCGCUGCCCACUGCGGACACUACAAGGUGGCAAAGGUCAUCGUGGACAAGAAGGCCAACCCCAAUGCCAAGGCACUGAAUGGUUUCACUCCUCUGCACAUUGCCUGUAAGAAGAACAGAGUGAAGGUGAUGGAGCUACUUCUGAAGCACGGAGCAUCUAUACAGGCAGUCACUGAGUCUGGUCUGACUCCGAUCCACGUCGCGGCGUUUAUGGGACAUGAAAACAUCGUCCACCAGCUGAUCAACCACGGUGCUUCACCGAACACGAGCAAUGUGAGGGGGGAGACGGCGCUCCACAUGGCAGCGAGGGCAGGACAGUCUAACGUGGUUCGAUAUCUGAUCCAGAAUGGAGCUCAAGUGGACGCCAAGGCCAAGGAUGACCAGACUCCUCUGCACAUCUCAAGCCGUCUUGGCAAACAAGACAUUGUCCACCAGCUUCUGUCCAACGGAGCGUGUCCAGAUGCCACGACCAGCUCCGGAUACACACCCUUACACUUGGCCGCCAGGGAGGGACACCGAGACGUGGCCACAGCACUGCUGGACCAAGGAGCGAGUCUGGGCGUUACUACUAAGAAGGGCUUCACUCCCCUGCACGUUGCAGCAAAGUACGGGAAGAUCGAGGUCGCCAACCUGCUUCUGCAGAAGAACGCCCCGCCUGAUGCUGCAGGGAAGAGUGGACUAACUCCACUGCAUGUGGCAGCACAUUAUGAUAACCAGAAGGUGGCGCUGCUCCUGCUCAACCAAGGAGCCUCACCACUUGCUGCUGCAAAGAACGGUUACACGCCGCUCCACAUUGCAGCUAAGAAGAAUCAGAUGGAGAUAACCACCACGCUGCUGGAGUACGGGGCCUCCACUCACACGGUAACGCGCCAGGGCAUCACUCCUCUGCACCUCGCUGCGCAGGAAGGCAACGUGGACAUAGUGACGCUGCUGUUGGCUCGAGAUGCACCGAUCAACAUCGGCAAUAAGUCUGGUCUGACUCCACUCCAUCUGGCAGCGCAGGAGGAUAAAGUCAAUGUUGCAGAGGUCUUAGUCAACCAAGGAGCUACUAUAGACCCUGAGACCAAGCUGGGAUAUGCUCCUCUUCAUGUGGCCUGUCACUAUGGAAACGCAAAGAUGGUCAACUUCCUGCUGAAGAAUCAGGCAAAGGUCAAUGCCAAGACCAAGAACGGUUACACGCCUCUGCAUCAGGCUGCACAGCAGGGCCACACGCACAUCAUCAACCUGCUGCUACAUCAUGGAGCGUCGCCCAACGAACUCACCACUAAUGGGAACAGUGCCCUGUCCAUUGCCAAGAGGCUUGGUUACAUCUCUGUCGUGGACACGCUCAAAGUGGUCACAGAGGAAACCCUGACGACUCAGACUGUGACAGAGAAGCACAAGAUUAAUGUUCCCGAGACCAUGAACGAGGUGUUGGACAUGUCUGAUGAUGAAGUCCGUAAAGCCAAUGUCCCCGAAAUGAUCACUGAGGACUAUUUAUCUGAUGUGGAAGAAGAGAUGGAUGUUGGAAAUAUCUGCGUCAGCUAUUCCUGUGAUGAUGCCAUGACGGGCAACACGGACAAAUAUCUGGCCCCCCAGGACCUGCGGGAGCUGGGGGACGACUCGCUCCCUCAGGAGGGCUACAUGGGCUUCAGCGUGGGUGCGCGGUCACAGAGCCUCCGUUCCUUCAGUUCCGAUAGGUCCAACACGCUGAACCGCAGCUCCUUCACCCGGGACAGCAUGAUGAUAGAGGAGAUGCUGGCACCCAAUAAGGAGAUGAUGCUUUGUAAGGAAAGGUCUUUCAUUGUAGAGCAGCACAACAAGCAUUUGACGGUGGCUAAGGACUUUGACACUGACUCUUUGAGGAGAUACAGCUGGACGGGAGAUGCACUGGAUAAUGUCAACCUUGUCUCCUCACCAAUACACUCUGGUUUUUCCUCUCCGCUCCCGCAGUACGACAGCAGGUUCCUGGUCAGCUUCAUGGUCGACGCCAGGGGCGGCUCCAUGCGGGGAAGUCGCCACAACGGCAUGCGCAUCAUCAUCCCACCGAGGAAGUGCACGGCACCCACCAGGAUCACCUGUCGCCUGGUCAAGAGGCACAAGCUAGCAUCGCCUCCUCCGAUGGUGGAAGGAGAGGGCCUGGCUAGCCGACUGGUGGAGGUCGGACCUGCAGGAGCUCAGUUCCUCGGGCCAGUGAUAGUGGAGAUACCGCAUUUUGGCUCAAUGCGAGGCCAGGAGAGAGAGCUGAUCCUGCUGCGCAGCGAGAACGGAGAGUCCUGGAAGGAGCAUCUGUACGACUGUAAGACAGAUGACCUCAAGCAGCUUCUGAAUGGGAUGGAUGAAGAAUUGGACAGUCCUGAGGAGCUGGAGAAGAAGAGGAUCUGCCGCAUUGUCACGAAGGACUUUCCGCAGUACUUUGCAGUCGUGUCUCGGAUCAGACAGGAGACCAAUCAGAUGGGACCAGAGGGCGGAACUCUGUGCAGUCGGAGUGUCCCAAUGGUCCAGGCCUCUUUUCCUGAGGGAGCACUAACCAAGAAGAUCAAAGUUGGACUGCAGGCCCAACCAGUACCUGAUGAGACUGUGAAGAAAAUCCUUGGUAACCGAGCAACCUUCAGCCCCAUUGUUACCGUGGAGCCAAGGAGACGGAAGUUUCACAAACCGAUCACCAUGACGAUCCCAGUACCGCCCCUGUCAGGGGAGGGGCUUACCAACGGCUACAAAGGAGACUGUACCCCAUGCCUCCGGCUCCUCUGUAGCAUUACAGGUGGUACGUCCCCAGCACAAUGGGAAGACAUCACAGGCACAACUCCUCUCACCUUCAUCAACGACUGCGUUUCCUUCACCACCAACGUCUCUGCAAGGUUCUGGUUAGCAGACUGCCACCAGAUUCCAGAGACAGUGGGUUUGGCCAUGCAGCUGUACAGGGAGCUUAUCUGUGUCCCCUACAUGGCCAAGUUUGUAGUGUUUGCCAAGACGAAUGACCCAGUGGAGUCCAAACUGAGGUGCUUUUGUAUGACGGACGACAAGGUGGAUAAGACCCUGGAGCAGCAGGAGAACUUUGAAGAGGUGGCCAGGAGCAAAGAUAUCGAGGUUCUGGAGGGUAGACCCAUCUAUGUGGAUUGCUAUGGAAACUUGGCUCCGCUGACUAAAGCCGGUCAGCAGUUAGCUCUUAACUUCUAUGCCUUCAAGGAGAACCGUCUGCCCUUCUGCGUCAAGGUGAGAGACCCAAGCCAGGAGCCAUGUGGUCGUCUCACUUUCCUCAAAGAGUGUAAGACUAUAAAAAGCCUUCCACAAACCGCCGUGUGCAACCUGAACAUAACACUUCCUGCAGUGAAAAAGGAAAUGGAGUCAGAUGCCGAGGAUGAGACUGAAAAGCCAGAGCGACGUCAUACCUUUGCAUCUCUAGCCUUACGUAAGCGCUACAGCUAUCUGGCCGAGCCUGCACUGAAAACAGCAGUUGAGCGAAGCACAACAGCAAGAACACUGCCUGCUGGUUACCCUCACAAACCUGUCUUUCCAACCAGACCUUUCCCACCAUGGUCGACUGCUCCUAUUACCGUCCCUGGCCAAACAAGGCACAUCGGAGUGGGGGGUUCCUUCACCUCUACCGAUUCACCGGCAGACUCACCAGCUCCUUCUCCAUUAAAAUCUACCUGGCCCCUCCCUUCCCCAUCACCUGCAUGCCCUGCAAACCUCAAAGCCACAAUCGGAACUCCACAAGCACCUACCCUGUCUACCCCUGUUAAAUCUGUUAAUGACAACUUAUCGUCGUCCCCGAUCAGGUCUUACAGGACUAUGCCUUCACCAAUUAAAACAGUUGUCCAGCAGGGCCAAUACCCUGUUCAGGGAACUGCCAGCCUUGUGUCUUCUGGAGGCUCAUGUAAACCUGCCACAGAUCCAGCAACUAUCAAGAAUCUUGCUUCGGCAUACACAUCAAUGACUUCCCCACUUCACUCAGCACCUAAUGGCUCUGUGUCAGAGAGGUUAUUGUCUUCUAUUACAGCUCCGGUAUCAUCAAAGACACCUAACAACGUGUACAAUACUAACCUGCCUUUUAAAACUGCCCUUGGAUCCAUAGCUGUGACAGAUGUAGGGUCACUUAACCUUCCUUCUGUUAAAAGCAUCUCCAGCUUGUCCUCUUUAAAAACCUCUGUAGAUUCAACACUCUCAUCCCGAGGAGGGAGAUCAUCCCUCUCCUCUCUCUCCUCAAAUGGGCAAACAACUAUUGCUUCCUCAGAACUGUCCAUGAUGAAUGGCCAUGCCUCGCCCAUUAAAUAUCCAUCCUCCUCCUCCACGCCAUCCUCCCCGUCUUCUCGCCUGCACUCUGAGAGGAGUAGCAGCCUUCAGGAGAGGAUCCAGGCCACCACACAGGCAGCAACGUCCAGUGUCAGUGCAGCCCUAAAUGAAGCUAUAGACUCAUACUCUGUCUCGGGCUACGGAACACUUAAAUCACUGUCAUCCUCACGUAGAUCUGGAUCAGCAAGCUCUGCUUAUGGUUCUCUGAGAUCUGUAGUUGCUCCCCCUAGCACUGCAGUUUCAUCUAAUACGAUGACUGUACCUGUAUAUUCAUUAGUCAACAUCAUUUCAGAGACCCCUGUCAAACCAGGGCCAGGGUCUCUUAAAAUGGCACUGCCUGACCCCCCUCAUGCCUUCGUAUCUUCCUCUUUGUCUACCUGUGUUACUGCAUCAAAAAUUAAAUCUCAAUUGAAGUCCCCCCCGUUUAUCACACCACCGGUCAUCCACCCAACUGCAACCUCCAACCAGGAGAUACUAAAAGAUGUAGCUGACAUGAAAGAGGAUUUGAUGAGAAUGACAGCUAUCCUACAGACAGACACACAGACAGCAGCCAAAACUGUUCAAACAUCACAUACUGGCACUCCUAAAGAGACCAAGUUGGAGGAUGAAGAGCCAUAUACUCUUGUGGAAAAAGUCAAAGAAGAUUUAGUGAAAGUCAGUAAGAUAUUGCAGAAAGAUGUAGUGGGUGAAGCUAAGGCCAUCACAGGUAAAGAAAGAGCCUCAGAGGAUGAGUGGGAAGAAUUUUCCAAAGAGGAAAUUGAGGAGGCAGAAAGAAAUGCCAUCACAGACCAUUAUUCUCCUUUUGAUGAAACAAUGAGCCUUCUCAAGCACCAGUCUAUGUCAAGCAAGGACUUAGAGUUGGCUAAAGUUGUAGAUUAUUUAACAAAUGACCUUGGUGCGAACUCUCUCUCUAAAAUGGCAGAGUUGAAAUAUAGGUAUGAGGAGGAGGCAAGGAGAGAAGGGGAAGAGAAACAGAAACGUGUUCUCAAACCAUCUAUGUCAAUACAAGAGCACAAACUCAAAAUGCCUCCGCCAGUCUCAGGCAUGCUCAGGUCUCCCUCAGAGAAGGACCUAAACAAACUUACAGAGUCAUAUCAGGGGUCAGAGACUAUCUUGGAAUCACCAGAGGACCUAUCUCAUGAGCAGGAUAAGAGUCCACUGUCAGACAGUGGAUUUGAGACCAGGAGUGAAAAAACACCCUCUGCUCCCCAGAGUGCAGAGAGCACAGGGCCCAAGCCUUUAUUUACAGAUUCACCGAUACCUCCUAGUGUAACUGAGACCAGGACUGACGAGGUCCACAUUGGUUACUAUGAGCCUGAUGAUCCCUGGGAGCCUCCGCUCAUGGAGGAAGCGGCAUCUGCCUCUCCUUACAUAGAGCCAGAUGCGGCCUCAGCGAACUCCACCAGAGCCAUACAGAUGAAAAUUCCAGAAGACGACUCCAUAAUGAACAAAAGCAUGUGUCUUAAAGAGGAAACUCAUUUUACAACUACCACUAGAAUGGUUUAUCACAAGCCUAAACUAACUGAUGGUGCAGAGAUGAUAGAGGAAGGUAUGUCAGUCAGAGACAUAAUGAAAGCAUUUCAGUCAGGUAGAGACCCAUCUAAAGAACUGGUAGGUCUUUUUGAACACAAGGCUAGCCAGGAUUCCGUUAAAGGUGAUGAGUUGACGCCUAGAUUUCUUGACAGAGAUACUAAAUCUAAACCCAAAGUUGAAAGGAUAAUCGAGGUUCAUAUUGAAAAGGGCCAUAGCACAGCAGAGCCUACUGAAGUUUUUUUCAGGGAAACCAAAAAACACCCCGAGCUUUACAUCUACAAAGGAGACAGUGGAAUUAAGGAACUUGGUGAUUAUGAUGAGGUCCAACAGGAAGAAGAGGAACUUAACGCCGAAGAAACCCUGCCCUCUUUCCUAGAAACAUCCCGUGUUAACACUCCAGUUUCACAGGAGGAGGAUAGUCGCCCAAGCUCUGCUCAGUUAAUUGCAGAUGAUUCAUAUAAAGCCUUGAAACUAUUGAGCCAGCACUCCAUAGAAUACUGUGAUGAUGAGCUGUCCGAGUUUCGAAGUGAAUCGUAUAGGUUUGCUGAGAAAAUGCUUCUGUCAGAGAAACUUGACGCAUCAACGCUAUCUCACUCUGACACAGAGGAUUCAGCAAUGAUGACUGACAAACACCACCACCUUAAUUCUGAGGGAAUAGACAACCGUAAUAUUGAGGGCAUGAGUCAGCAACAUAGAAGCCCCAAGAGAGAAUUUAUCUCCAAGUCAUCAAAAGAGGGGUCUCAGAAAUCUGGUAAAUUCAUGCAGAGGGAUGAGCCAUCCCAGUUUGAUAAAGUGACAGUGCUCCAUUACUCCACAGAACAGGGCAGCCCUAAGCAUGCUGUUUGGAUGAGAUUUACAGAGGAUAAACAUGACAGAAGCAGGGAUAAGCUCCUUUAUGAGGAUAGGGUGGACCAAACUGUAAAGGAAGCAGAGGAAAAACUCAGUGAAGUAUCACAGUUCUUCCGUGACAAAACUGAGAAGCUCAAUGAUGAGCUGCAAUCGCCUGAGAAAAAACCUGUGAAACGUGAGCCAAAGGAGCCAAGAUCCUGGCCUAGUUCAGCAUGUAGUAGCCCUGAGAAAACACAGCAGAAACCUAAAGCAGCAGAAGAGGGGUAUGGUAAAAGCAAACUUAGAGAGCCUUCGGCUGUUAAAAUGUUUGGGCGAACCACAACAACGGAAAAGAAAAGCUGUAGCUUGCCAAGCAGUCCCCAGAAAAGUGUGUUCUCCCACAGUGGUGAUGAUACAUUGACCAGUGAGUCUGAACAGUCUCUCUCACACAUAAAAUCAACUUCCAAAGUCAGUGCUGUGAGGAUGAAAUUUGAAUCUGAGGCUCAGAAACAAAAUCAGUCAAGUUCAUCCAGAAUUCCUCCUCCUGUCCAGCCAAAACCUUCAGUAAAAAAAAUACAGGAGAGCAAACUUCCUGUUUUUCAGUUUAUUGCUGGAGGAAAAGUUACAAAACUAUCUGAAAAAUCAGAAGAAGAAAACUUGAAAAAUGACAUUGAGAAGGACAUUUGUGCUGCAACAGACAGCAGUAAAGCUGCUCUAAUAUCACCAUCUAAAGCCCCAAAACAUACAGGGGACAAGCUAACAAAUCAAAUUGUCACAGAAAUCUCCUCACAAAGACAAAUUAUUGAAACUGAGACUAAAAAAGGGAAACAUAUCCAUUCCAGUGUUACUCAGGAAAUUAAAGAAAGCAAUAAUGGUCAGAAAGUUCAGACACCUAGACCACUAGAGAAAGAUAGUGAUGCUAAGUAUGACCAACAAAUCUCAAAAGUUGACUUGCCCCACAAAGAUGGUGAGGAACAAUUAAACAAAAAUCUAAGAAAAAAGACAGAAUCUCAAAUUCCUGUAAGAACUGCACCUUCUUCUUUAGACAAUGACGUCACAAAGAAACAGACAACAACUAAACCCUCACAGAUACCUACACUAUCUAAAAGCAAAAUACAGAUGAGUCUUGAGACAACCCCAACAAAAACAGAUGAAAAUCUUUCAUUUGAAAUUCUAGAUAAUUCACCCAAAGAUUCCAACUCCAAUAAUCUUCCGAGAGAAAUGCUAGGGAAAGUACUAACCCCUCCAUCUGCAACAACCAAAGAAAACUUCAAGGGCAUCAAAACAUUACCUGUUUAUGUCAGCGUCCAGGUGGGCAGGCAAGCAGAGAGAGAGGCCAAAGGAGCACUGUACACAGUCAAACAGAACUCAAACUCAGCCCUCAGCCCCAUCAGCCCAGAUGAUGACACACUAGAACAGGUGUCUUUCAUAGAUAGCUCAGGGAAAAGCCCACUUACACCUGAGACCCCCAGCUCUGAGGAAGUCAGCUAUGACCUCAUUACAAGGACCACUGAUGGCUUUAUGGGAUUUCUGCCAGGGCAACCCAGUCCUAUCAUGGAGGUAUCUGAGGAAUCAGAAGAUGACCACAGUAAGGUCAUUUUCUCUUUUAAAGAGGCCACACCAGAACAGAAAACUGGUAUAUAUGCCACUCAAGACGACCUUGUUAAUGCUAACAAGCAAGAAAUAGAAAUUAAUGAUAACCACCUAGAGUUACUAAAUAGGUUCGACCAGCAAGAAGUAACAAGCAUUGGUAAGCAUGAUGAAAUAAAUGGGCAGGAAUAUCAAGAAGUCUCAAAAGACAAAGGUAUUGCAUAUAUUGAGUUCCCUCCCCCACCCCCUCUGGACUCUAAUUCAGAAAUUUCAGACCCAGAGAGAAAGGGAUCCUGUGCCUCUUCAGAGACUGAAACAGAAAUGAUGGAGGUGAACUUACAGGAAGAAAACUCUAAGCUUCUGCUGACUGAGCCAAUUAUAAGAAUCCAACCCCCCACCCCAGUCCCUCCUGGGACAGAUGAAAGUCAGUCAAAUGGUGAAGAAGAGGACGACGAUGAGUCGAUCUUUCAACCAAUUCCUUGUAAAAAGUUCACUUUCAAAGUUCCUGAUGUGGAUGAAGAGGAGGGGAGGGAAGAGAAGGAAAAGGCCUCUAAAUCCAAAAAACAUGACAAAAAUGGAAAUGACAAAGAGCAUCAUAUUGGAACCAAUGGCUUCAAUGGUUCUAAGGGUUCUAAUGGCAAAGGAGAAGAUUAUGAAUAUGAGCAAAAUGGAAAUGACCAGUCAAUAACAGAUUGUUCAAUAGCCACAACAGCUGAAUUUUCCCAUGACACUGAUGCAACAGAGAUUGACUCCCUAGAUGGAUAUGAACUUCAAGAUGAGGACGAUGGCCUGUGUGAGCAGGCAGAUUUACGACUGUAUGGUCUUCCAGACAGCCGUAGAGACGUUUGGGCAACGGACACAUUUAGGUCUUCGGAUCGAUGUUUUCCCCAGACUAAACUGGAAGUUAUUGAAGAGGAGAAAACUCCAGAAGAAUGUCAAAAGGACACUUUCAAUAAAGAUACCCCCUCGAAUGGUAAAACAUCUGAUGAUGUUAGUAAAGAUGGGGUUAAAGUUCUUGAACAAGAACCCUCAAAUAAAGAGGGAUUUUCAGACACUUAUUUUAGUUAUAAGUUAGAGGAGGAGUUUAACUCUCCCUUUAAGACUGUUGCCACUAAAGGCCUGGACUUUGACCCCUGGUCCAGUAAAGGUGCAGAGGAAGAAGUCGUUGUUGACAUGGGAGGGAUGCAGGGGGGCAACGGUGAGCCUAAACCUUUUGGACUAGCAGUGGACGAACAGUCUCAGGCCACUACACCAGAUACUACCCCAGCCCGAACACCAACGGAUGAUAGUACUCCGACGAGUGAGCCAAAUCCAUUCCCCUUCCAUGAAGGGAAGAUGUUUGAGAUGACACGCAGUGGGGCAAUUGACAUGAGCAAGAGAGACAUGGUGGAGGAGAGGCUCCAGUUUUUUCAGAUUGGUGAGCAUUCCUAUUCAGCAGGCCCUCAGAGUCCAUGUGAGAGAACAGACCUCCGUAUGGCAAUAGUAGCUGACCACCUUGGACUCAGCUGGACUGAGCUGGCCAGGGAGCUGGAAUUCUCUGUGGAGGAGAUCAACUUCAUCAGAGUGGAGAACCCAAAUUCCCUGACAGCACAGAGCUUCAUGCUCCUUAAGAAAUGGGUGCACAGGGACGGUAAAAAUGCCACAACGGAUGCUUUAACUACGUCGCUGACUAAGAUCAAUCGGUUGGAUAUUGUGACUUUGCUGGAAGGGCCCAUAUUUGACUACGGUAACAUUUCAGGCACACGCUGCUUUGCCGAUGAUAACGCAGUAUUCCCGGAUCAGUCCGAUGGGUACCACAAUAUAGAUCUGGAGCUGCAAACCCCCACAGACCUGAACUAUGAGCCCCCCACACCGCUGCGCUCAGACGACUUCUUUAGUGAGGGUGAAGGUAGCUUAGAUUCCCCUAGCAAGACCACACUUAGUAGACCUAGUGACCUCACUCUCUCACAGACCACCAGUACUCCCAACAGUAAGCCCCUCACAGUCGCCCCGGGCCAAGCCUUCUUUGCCCCAGAGGCCCCCAUUACUGUGGAAGAAGACACAGCUCUGACCACCAGAGAAGGAGCUGAAGCAAAGCCAGGGCUGUUCUCUUAUGAGACGGCAGAUAAUGACAGACACGCGGUAGAGAGCUCCGGAAAGGGGACAGAAGACAUGAAGGCGGGGGAUGAUAUUAUUAUGGAGGAAUGUCACCAAGAGUUUUCUGCCUCACAAAUUGGUCAAGGAAAUGGGAGGCAGGAUAAAGAGGAGGAAGCAGAGGAGGAGGAGAUGACCCAGGAGAAGCUGCAGCGUCUGCUGGAGGAUAUAAAGCUGGAGGGAGGUUUGGAUGACGAUGAGAUGACGGAGGAGAGGGUGAAUUCUAUCCUGGAACAAGUACGGCAAGCAGAAAAGGCUGUGUGUUCAGUUCCAGGUUGGAGAAGUGAGAUGUCUGAUGAGAUCGUAGAGUCGUCUGCAGCGGCCUUCAACGAGGAGGGCAGCCCUGAAAGUCUUGCCGAUUCACUAGAGCAGCCGCCGACUCGGUCGAACGGACGCAACGGAGGACACACUCAGGCGGCCAGGGAGAGGAAGGAAAAGGACGCCAAGAGGAAGGAAUCUCAGGAGGACAGCAGUUCCCCAGGACCAAGUAGAGGACAUGAGGAGAGAGUGGACAGGUCCCAACACAAAGUCCAGGAGAGCGUUAGAGCCGAGGAGUCGGAGUCUGACUCCGACGAGGAGACCACAGUCACCACCAGGGUGUACCGCAGACGGGUCAUACUCAAGGGAGAGGAGGCCAAAAACAUUCCUGGAGAGUCUGUGACGGAGGAGCAGUUCACAGAUGAAGACGGGAAUCUGGUCACCAGAAAAGUGAUCAGAAAGGUGGUGCGCCGCGUGGUCAACUCAGAGGAAAGAGGGGAAUGUGAAGGCGAAGCUGGUGUUGGUGGUGGUGGUGGUGGUGGUGGUGGUGUAGCAACAGGUGGCGCACAUGCUGCUUCUUCCACAGGAGCAGCAGCAGCAGCAUCAGCAUCAGGAGGAGCCACAGGGGGGAAGGGCAAGAAACGGGGCAAGCGCUCCCGACAGGGUCACAAAGCUGACAAGUCUGGAGAUGGAGCCCAGAGUGGGAAAACAGAGUCUGGAAAUGGCUCCAGCAAGAAACACGGGAAGAAGGGUCAGUCGUAACAGUGACGCCCUCAACUGAACCUGGUAAGAGGUCCACUGAUGUCCAUCUGCGACACAACUCACACCCUGGGAGGAAAAACGGACUGCAGCGGAGACUGGAGAAAACAACAAGGCCUCGUCCAUCAGCCAAAACAUGUCGCUUUCACUUAACAGAGCAUGGUUUUCAGUGAGUUGGCACAACACGAGUCGCUUUAUUUUUUAUUUCGCAUGAGCAUGUCACCAAAUACACUCACUGUCGGGAGGAAAACGCAGAUGCAAGCCGGAAAACUUCCGUUCUUUCUUUCGUUCUGUGACCAAAGACGGCACACGCGAAAGACAACAAAAGAGCCAAGUGUUGACAAAAAAAAAAGAAAAGAAAAGGAAGACAAGUGAUUCACUCUCUCUCUCAGACUCUCGCCUGACAUGGUCUAUUUUUUUUCCUCCUGGGUUCACAGUAUCUGGGCGCACCAUGUGGUUCUUUUUUAAAAAAAAAAAAAAUGAAAUAUAAUAGUAAAUGGGUGAUUUCGUUGUACAUAAAUUACAUUGUAUAAAAAUCUUUAAAAAAAGAAAAAAGAAAAGAAAAUCAGUAACUUCACAGAUUGUUUAUGCACUGAUUUUGAGUUGAUGAAGCUUUGCAGAGUUGGCGCAUCUGUAUGGAGAGGUUGUUGGAGCAGCCAUGAGUGUGCGACCUGACGUGCUCUUCCCUGAAAAAGGAACAAAAACUCUCUACGUGAACGAGAAAGGAACGGGAGGGGAAAGAAAACGCUUGAUUUUCAAGAAAAAAAGGACAUUUCUCUAAAGCCAACAACUAUUUCCGCUCUGUCUGUGGAACUCUGACACGAUGUUUGGCUGCAUGUGCGUUUAUUUCAACGCUUAUGUUUCCCUUUCUCCUAAUUCAAAGCACUGUAAUGCGAUUAACGGGGCUUUGAUGACGCGCCGGUCUGUGUGAGCACUCAUAAUAACCCAAAACUCUGUCACCUAUUAAUGUUUUUAUUUUUUUACAAUACAAACACACGACCCAUACUCAAGAGGCGAGAUCGCGGAGCUUCAUUCGUACACUUAAACGAGUGCCCUUGAAUGUAACCUGUAGAUUGCAUUAUCUCCAUACUAGCAGCUCUUUUUGUGUGUGGCAUCACAUAACACCUGUCUGUCCUGUACAUCCAUCUCGCCUACUAGAAGUAUAAGUUUAGGCUUUUAGUUCUGCUGUGGUUUUAAAACGGGGACUGUUUUUAUUGACGGUUCUCUGGUUUUUAUCUUUAUUUAAUUGAAUUGGUUAUAUUCACAUUAGAACAGAGGUUCUCAUUUUAAGACUGGUACCCUUGUGCUAACAACUAAAAAUCAUGAGAAUCAAACAGUAUUGAUCACACGUUGAAACUCGGGUUUUCUGUUCUCAUGAUGUCAGUCCUUUUCUUCUUCUUCUUUGCUUUUUUCUUUUUUUUCAUACAAAGCUUCCCCACGACUACAUUGUUGAUGAUAAAUCUGGUACCGACAAGUAUGACGAGACAACAUAGCUUACACUGGAUGAUCCAAGUCAUUAUUUAAGCAGAAAAAUAAACAAUGAGUUUAAACUACA